CGUGGGCGGGCAGAGUGCGGAAGCGCUGAGGCGGCUGUAGGGAGGGGUCCGGCACCCGCUCCCAUCCCCGGCCCCGUCCUCGGCCUCCGCCGCGCCUCGCACCAUGGGCAACCGCGACGACGAGUACGAUUAUCUCUUCAAAGUUGUCCUUAUUGGAGACUCUGGAGUAGGCAAGAGUAACCUCCUGUCUCGAUUCACUCGCAAUGAGUUUAACUUGGAAAGCAAAAGCACCAUUGGAGUAGAAUUUGCAACAAGAAGCAUUCAAGUUGAUGGGAAGACAAUAAAGGCUCAGAUAUGGGACACAGCAGGGCAGGAGCGAUACCGAGCUAUAACAUCAGCGUACUAUCGAGGUGCUGUAGGAGCAUUGCUGGUGUAUGACAUCGCUAAGCACCUUACUUAUGAGAAUGUAGAGAGAUGGUUGAAAGAGCUGAGAGACCAUGCAGACAGCAAUAUUGUUAUCAUGCUUGUGGGAAACAAGAGUGACUUGCGCCACCUGAGAGCAGUCCCUACAGAUGAGGCCAGAGCUUUUGCAGAGAAGAAUGGUUUGUCAUUUAUCGAGACAUCUGCUUUAGACUCUACAAAUGUGGAAGCAGCUUUCCAGACUAUUCUGACAGAGAUCUAUCGUAUUGUUUCCCAGAAGCAAAUGUCCGACAGACGUGAGAAUGAUAUGUCUCCAAGCAACAACGUGGUGCCCAUUCAUGUCCCUCCAACCACUGAAAACAAACCAAAGAUGCAGUGCUGUCAGAAUAUAUAAGAAUUGUUCAUUCUUUCCUAAAAGGCUGUGUAUAUUCCCCAGGUCCAAGAUUUAAAUAUAUUUGUAAUUCUUGUGGUUAC